AUGAAAACAUACGAAGACGCAAUUGGUAUGGUCGAAAACCAGGAAGUGAUCAGACACAGCCAUUCGCAAAUCCGUGACACACACGAAACAAUCUGCUUCCUGCUUAUCAAGAAGGAAGAACCAUCCGAUACUACUUUAUCCAACAUCGUGGAUGCCCGCCAGCUCAUCCCUCAGUUGCGGUCUGAUGGGUUCUAUCUCUGGCUUGCAUUUUCGAAAUCUGGGGUCAUCAACUUCGGCGCAGAGGCCGGCUUGAAGGGGUCAAGCCCUAAUCACUCGAAAGCAGAUUGCGGCCUUCAUGCGAUUAAGCUGACUCUCAGCAUGGUGUGGCUCGCUAGCUAA